AUGUCCGAAAACCUCUACUCUGCCGUUUAUUCUGGCGUACCGGUGUACGAGUUUCUGAACCCCAAGUCGUCGGUGAUGCGACGGAAAAAGGACGGCUGGAUCAACGCGACGCACAUCCUCAAGGUGGCGAAUUUCCCGAAGGCGAAGCGGACGAGAAUCCUGGAGCGCGACGUCCAGGUUGGCGUGCACGAGAAGGUGCAGGGGGGAUACGGCAAGUACCAGGGCACGUGGGUUCCGAUGGAGCGGGCCGUCGACAUUGCGAACGAGUUUGGUGUCUACGACGAAUUGAAGCCGCUGUUCGAUUACCAGCCCCAGGACGGCGGGGGAACGCCGCCGCCGGCGCCCAAACACCACCAUGCGUCAAGUGGCGCGGGAAAAAGAGGCCGUGUGAGCGCUAGAACGGCCUCUGAACCGCUUGCCACGCGGCGGAGCGACUUGCCAGCCAGGCCGCCCGAGCCGGCCGCCAGAAAGCGCACGCUGAAGCCGCCCAGGCCGCAGCCGCUGCGUGUCUCGCCGCCGCAGCCGUCCGAGUCCGAGUCCGAGUACGAGGACAGCGACACGGCGCCGCUGAGACGGCGCGGCAACGGGCUCCCGCCGCACAGAGGGUCCUCGCCGAGCGAUUUCAUGAGCGACGACGACAUCGCGACCGCGCUGGAGCAGCAGCAGUACGCCGCGCACCGGCCGCAGGACGCGCACGCGCGCGCUCCGCCGUACAUGGAGACCUUCUCGCCGUACACGAAGCACGAGCUGGACUCGCCGCAGUCGCGGGCCACGCCGCAGCGGAGCCAGCAGUGGUACGACGCGAAAAAGUCGUACACGCAGCAGCUGCUCGAGUACUUUCUGUCGACAGAGGACAACCUGACGGGAGACACAAAGAUCCCGGACUUCAUCCUCGACCCGAGCAGUCCUUUCGACGCCGACCAGGUCAUCGACAAGGACGGCAACACGACGUUCCACUGGGCAUGUGCCAUGGGCGACCUGCGCAUGUGCGAGGCCCUGCUGAACAGAGGAUGCAACUACAGAGCCCUGAAUAACGAGGGCCAGGUGCCGAUCAUGCGCAGCGUGCUGUACACGAACUCGUACUCGAGACGGACGUUUGCGAAGCUGCUGGAUCUGCUGCGCGACUCGCUGCUCGACACCGACGAGCGCGGCCGCACGAUCCUGCACCACAUCGGGUUCUCAACAAACUCGGUCAACAACCUGCCAGCGGCGCGGUACUACACAGAAAUCCUGCUGACCAAGAUCGCCGAGACGGUGCAGCCCAUGGAGAGAAUCAUCAACUUCAUCAACCAGCAGGACAUGGACGGCAACACGGCGCUGCACAUCAUGAGCCACCACAGCGCGAACAAGUGUAUGCGCGUGCUGCUGGGCUACAACGCGCGGGUGGACAUUCCCAACCACCGCAACGAGCAGGUGAGCGACUAUCUGUACAACAACAGCGUGUUCGAGCCUGCGUCUGCGCAGUACUCGUUUAUGGGCAGCACGGGCGCCUCGCAGCGGAACAACCUGGACUCGCUGUCGCAGAUGAAGCCGUUCACGCCGUCGCUGAACCUGCACAACGCGGCGAUGACGCAGUCGUACCUGAACGCGUCGAACUACCUGGCGAUGCCGCACUACUCCGAGACGGCGAUCCAGGUGAGCCAGAAAUCGGGCGACAUUAUCGAGAAGCUGGGCGAGCUGUCGAACGCGUUCGACCAGGAGCUGCAGCAGCGCGACAGCGACAUCAAGGAGCUGGGCAUGAUUCUGAGCCAGAUGGACACGGACAUCGCCAACACAGAAAAGGAGAUCAGCGGGAUUCUCAAGACGGUGCUGAAGCUGGACAAGGCGGAGACCGGCGACUUCGACGCCGCGCUGGCGCAGAUGAGAGAGGAGCUCAAGUCUGCCGAGGCCGAGUACGCGGCGCGCACGCGCGCGCUCAAGAAGCUGAUCGAGCGGUCGCAGGCGAAAGAUCUGGCCACCGAGGUGCAGCAGUGCGAGACGGAGCGGUUGCGGCAGCUGAGCAUCGAGAACGAGGGCGAGCUCAAGGCUGCCGAGCCGACGCCGGAGAAUCUGCGGCUGGUGCUCACGCUCGUGGCUCUGCAGAUGACGCGCAAGCACACGGUCGACGACCUGGUGAGUCUGUAUGCGGACGCGUCGGAAAACACAGAGACGAUCGCCAACUACCGGCGGCUGGUGUCGAAGCUGUCGAGCGUGCCGAUCGACGAGGUCGACGAGAGUCUGAACGACAUCGAGGAGUGCCUGAAAGCGGAGGAAAACGAGGAAGGGAAGUAG